CCCCUCCCCGUACCCGCCGGUCCGCUACCCCGGCGCCGCCGGCCCGGUGCUGCCCGCAAGCUCCCCGGACCCGAGAGGCCGCUGCACCGGCUCCACUCCAGAUGCUGCUGCUGCCGCCGCGGCCGCCCCACCCCCGGGCCUCCUCCCCCGAGGCCAUGGACCCACCGUCCCCCAAGGCUCCCCCUUUCCCCAAGGCGGAGGGCGCCGCCUCCACGCCCUCCUCGGCGGCCGGGCCCCGGCCCCCGCGGCUGGGCCGCCACCUGCUCAUCGACGCCAACGGGGUCCCCUACACUUACACGGUGCCGCUGGAGGAGGAGCCCCGCGGCCCCCAGCAGCGCGAAGCGCCCCCGGGGGAGCCCGGCCCGCGCAAGGGCUACAGCUGCCCGGAGUGCGCCCGGGUCUUCGCCAGCCCGCUGCGGCUGCAGAGCCACCGCGUGUCGCACUCGGACCUCAAGCCCUUUACGUGCGGCGCCUGCGGCAAGGCCUUCAAGCGCUCCAGCCACCUGUCGCGGCACCGCGCCACGCACCGCGCCCGCGCCGGCCCGCCGCACACGUGCCCGCUGUGCCCGCGCCGCUUCCAGGACGCGGCCGAGCUGGCGCAGCACGUGCGCCUGCACUGAGCCGCCCCGGCCGAGGCGCCCCGCGCG